AUGGCUGAAUUACAUGAAGCACAAAAAUUAUUAGGAAAAGCUAUGAAUAUUAUGUACAAAAAUCCCAACGAUGGAAACGAUGUUGAUUUAUUAUCAAUAACUGGUGUUAAACAAAAGAUGAAUUUAUAUGUAACAUCAUUAAUUCAUAUUGUUUUUACACGUGAAGAAUUAUUGCAAAUUGAUGCAACAAAAAUCAAAUUUAAUGAUGGAAGCUGUAGUGCAGCAUACGACAAAAAAAGCGGUCGAUGUUGUGGCACACCUAUGGAUCCAUGGUGUUGUGCGUGGACUGAUUCAUGUGUUACUCCUACUCGAAGCUGUAGACCUAGUGCACGUCGUUGA